CCAAUAUACAGAACGUUAAAGCGUGCCAAAGAAGCAACUGAAAACAGGCUUCAAGGGUGACUUCUCAACGACUGUCACAUGCUCUUGGCUUUACGUAUCGCGCAGAAGCAAUCCGAUAUUUUCGUUAACGGGGAAGGACGUGAAAAAUCUCAUGGGAGACAUAAAUAGUGAGAAGUUCGUUGUACGUUUCAGCGACGUCAGCGGAGCAGAACCUAACGCAGGAAAUGGUAGCCGUCAGGUGAACGUACAGGAAUCGCUGAAACACGGUAGAAGCAGCAUGUCUGCUUCGGAGAAAGAUGAGGUUUCGAGUAACUCCAUACCUCAAACGUUCGUCGUUAAGUAUUUAGGAAAAAGAGAUUCUAAAGGACUUUGGGGAAUUAAACACACUCGGAAACCAGUCGAUCAGAUGGUCAAAAUUGCUAAAACAUUAAAACCUGGUGAAACUUUACCUUUUCUGAAGUUGGAAGUAUCCUUGAGAGGAAUUAGCAUCAGCGAAAUGCCGCAAAAUCGAAAUAGAAAUUUUGUUAGUGGGUUGGUGCCGAUCGAAACUAUAUCAUACGGUGUGCAGGACUUGGUGUACACCAGAGUUUUUGCCAUGAUUGUGGUCUGUGAAUGUAAAAAUGAGACUGGUAGACAUCCGUUUGAAUGUCACGGAUUUGUCUGUGGAAGUCGUCAGAAUGCCACCAGUUUAACUUUAUGUCUGGCGGAGGCUUUUAAAGAAUUCAGCAAGAUGCAGACACUUUCUAGGAGAAUCAAAAAAUUUGCCAUCGAUUUACGACCGGAAGAAUCAAAUGGAGAUGGUGAAAAUAAUCAUUUGGAGGAUUCUGAAGCUUAAGUCGGAUCGUAGUAACUGCUUAUCUGAGGACUUCUGUUUUGGUUGAUGUCAAAACAAUAGUUUCUGCGUGAUGCCAACGACCUUUUUGUGUAAUUUCGUGAGUCACGAAAGGCUAAGAGGUGUUUCCUUUCAUUUCUAUCGAAGAGAACAAUGACUUAAAAUUAUCUAAUGGAAAUGUAAUUUAAAUAUUUUACAUUUUUCAGGUAAUUUCCGGGGAGAAGAGAAUGACGACUUCCAUAUUUCCUCGAUUAUUUAUAUGAAAAUAAUAAAACUGGUAUAUACCG